AAACUAAUCAAGUAUUUUCAAUUUUGUAUCUCGUUGAAAGAUUGAAAAACAACUUACUAAGUUACUCUUUUUCAUAAUUUUUGAUUUUUUAAAGCCUUGCUAAAUUCUAAUUUUAUAUUGUUCAAUUUUAAACAAUAUCUUUCUGAAUGGAUAAAUUUCACGAUGCAAAGAGCUUUUCUUCUUCGAGUAAAAAAAAUGCCAAUGAAAGAUGUGUUGAUGCAGAUUCUAUGAUUAAAAACAUCAUCUCUCAAGACACGUUUGUUGUUAAUAAAGACCAUCAAUUGUAUUCGAAUUUGCCAAAAUGGAUGAUACCAAAAUCUGGUUUCGUGCACCCAUUGUAUGAGCAGAUUUGGCAGUAUGUGAAAUCUGAUAGACGAGAUAGAACAUGUGAUACUGAUUUAGUUUCACAGUUAUUGAUGACUAGUGGUCUAUCUGUUGAUGUACUUGGUAGAUUAUGGYCUAUGGCUAAUGUUGGUGUUGAAGGAUCRUUAUCUCAACAGGAACUUUAUAUAAUUCUGGCUUUAAUUACGCUGGUUCAGAAUGGCUAUUCAGUGUCUAAUGUGUCAUUGUUGCAACAUAUUCAUAAACCAAUAAUACCACAAUUAAAUUACACAAUUAUCGAGAAAAAACAUAAUGUAUCAACAGUGAAAUCAAAUAUUGAACAUAAGCCACAACAACUAGCAAACAAARGAAGUUGCAUAUCAAAAAUUGACAAUGAACAUCAAAAUAUUUAUACCAAAAACUUUCAACAGCCAAAUUGUAACAUCAUUCCAUCUAAAGAAUGUGACCCUUUAGCAGUAACUUUCAUAGAACCAAAAAAUCAAAUGUCUAAAAUUAUGUCCCCAUUAUCUACUAAUCCUGAACCAAAAUCUUUAGACUUUACUCCAGUGAAUGAUAGUUUUGAGACUUUCGAUGAUGAGUUUUCAGAUUUCCAAAGUGCUCAAUUCACAACCACUGACAAUAAAAAUAAUCAAGAGUUUACAGAUUUCCAAUCAGCUUUUGAUACAUUAUCUUUCAAAGAAAACACUAAGAUUAUUGAUAAAACUCCUGAAGUGUUAAAUGACACAUCAGCAGAUAUUGUUUCAGGUUUGGUAGAAAACCAGCAAAAUGUGACAACUAGCCAAGAUGAUUUUCUUGAUAAAUAUGAAGUAUUUCGGGCUUUGGCAGCAGAAACUGAUAAUGUUGAAAAUAUCAUAAAUAAAAAUAAUCAUAAUGAUUCUUUGGAAGUAAAACCUGUUGAAAGUAUUAAAGAGAAUGAUAAUAAUGAUGUUUAUGAUGAUGAAUUUGGAGAUUUCUUAUGUGUUGAAGAAGUUUUAAGCAAUAAACCUGACAUUGAAUUGGAUUGGAAAAAUGUACAAGUACAAUGCAUAAAUAAAUGUCUGGAGUUUUUGCUAGAAGGUUUCACUACAUUUUCAAGUAUAUCUGAUGAGAAAGUACUUAUGGAAGUUAUAAAUCACGAUAAAGGGAUUAACUACAUGACACAAUUGAAUUUGAUAAGUCAAAUUUGUCAACGAAUUCUUAAAAAUUGUUAUUGUUCAUCUUUAGAAGAAAGAUUAAAUGAUGUGUUGUCUAAGUUGGAAACAUACUUAAAUAAUUGUACCUUUAAAUCAACUAAUAAUAUAGAGGUUUUAGGUUCAACAAAGGAUUCCAUACCAUGUUAUUUAUGCAAAUGCAAUUGCAGUAYAGAUUCUACUGAAUACAUGUUAAACCUCUACCACUCAUCUUGUAUAAAUUUUUUGAUUAAUUUUGUUCAAACUUCUCACCUUUCUGUUAAGUAAUACUUAAAUGUUUUAUUUAAGGCUAUUUUUUGCAAUAUCAUAGCUCUACAGUUAACUUAAGC